CUCUCUCUCUCUCCCUUCCUUCCUCCCUCUCUCUCUCUCUCCCGCCUCAAUCUCUGUUUUACUACGAGCUCCCAGUCUUUCCUCUCUCAGACAAGGCUCGCUCUAGUAUUGUCCGGUCUUCUCUCCCUCCUUCUUUCCCUCUGUCUUUGGUUGUAGGAUGUUACUCUGGCGACUCUUUGGUCUGAUAGGCUUCCUAACGCUUUGCAAAGGCCAGGAUAGUGGUGUAGGUGCACUGUGUGAUGACUUUACAGACCUGGACUUCCAUGAGAGCUUCCUCGGGACCACCCUGAACAUUAAGCUGCUGCUCUACACCAAGUAUAACCUACGCUGCGGCAGAGAGUUGAACCACCACCAGCUGUCCUCCCAGCCACUCUUCAACCUCUCCCUGCCCACGGCUUUCGUCAUCCACGGCUACCGGCCCACCAGGCCCCCUCCGUUCUGGGUGGACCACGUCGUCCAGCUGCUGUCUGAGCAGGAGGACAUGAACAUCCUGGUAGUGGACUGGAACAGAGGAGCUGCUAACCUCAACUACUUCACUGCUGUGACCAACACACGACAGGCUGCCAACAACCUCACCGGCUUCAUACUCAACAUGCAGGCAGAGGGAGCGCCUCUGAGUUCGGUCCACCUGAUUGGGUCGAGUCUGGGAGCUCACCUGGCUGGGUUCGUAGGAGCAAACCUGAAGGGCAAGAUUGGCCGCAUCACAGGUCUGGACCCAGCAGGGCCCAUGUUCACUGGAGCGACACCUGAGGAGAGACUUGACCCUUCAGACGCCAUGUUUGUAGAUGUACUACACACUGACAUCAACUCGUUUGGUCUCAGAGGUCAACAUGGUCAUAUUGACUAUUACGCCAACGGAGGAUCUGACCAGCCAGGCUGCCCCAAGACCAUCUUCUCAGGGAGGUCAUAUUUCAUGUGUGACCACCAGCGCUCUGUGUUCCUGUACCUGUGUGCUCUCAACCGAACCUGCAGUCUCACAGCCUACCCCUGCUCCUCCUACAGCGACUUCCUGGAUGGCCAGUGCCUGCAGUGUGAGGCUUUUAAGCCCGCACCCUGCCCUAUGCUAGGUUAUGACGUCAGCAGGUGGAGGGAUAUUCUGCUGCGAUUGGGUCAGACCAAGGUAUACUUCACCACCACUGCCACGUUGCCCUAUAAAAAGGUCAGCUACAUGGUGGACAUGGUGACAUGGAACCGGUACCCUCGCUGGGGAGUCCUCAUCCUCAGACUCCACAGGGGCAGGAACUUCACUGAGGCACGCAUUGACCAUAAGCUGUUCAGGUUUGAGCAGUACACCUCCACCCGUCUGUUGGUCCAGUUUGAUGAGGACCUUCAGCCCAUCCAGAAGAUAUCCCUCAGCAUUGCUACCAGAAACGUGAUAGGCCCUCGCUACAAAAUCCGGCUAAUCCGCAUCCGCCUCGCCCCCCUGGAGCAACCCGACAGGCCACUAAUGUGUCGCUAUGACAUCAUCAUGGAGGAGAAUAUUGAGGUGGCGUUCCGCCCUCUGCCCUGCGACCCUCGCCUCUGAGCCACCACCAGAGGGCCUCCCCAGCCACACACCCAGAUGAACCACAAGGGGCAAACAGUUGACAUC